AUGUCGGUUAACUACGGAAGUUAUCAGAAUACCAUAUUCGCCAAGGGUACCCUUAUGGGUAUCAAGCCGACUGUCACAACUGAUCCACGGAUGCUGGAAGAGCAAGCAAAGAAGGCUCUCAGUGAGGAGGCAUAUAACUUUGUAUCUGGGGGAGCCGGCGAGAAAGCGACUAUGGACAGUAAUCGGCUGGCUUUCAGACAAUGGAAGAUGAUCCCGCGAAUGAUGCCUGAUGUCAAAGAUCAGGACGUUUCAGUGGAACUAUUCGGCCAAAAAUACGACACUCCACUGAUCGUGGCUCCGCUCGGGGUUCAACGAAUUUUCCACGAAGAUAAAGACACCGGAUUAGCCAAGAUGUGCGCAGAGGAAGGCAUUCCUUUUACUAUGAGCACGGCUGGUACCAGCUCCAUUGAAGAACUCGCGGAAGCCAGCGGGGAAGGUAAACGCUGGUACCAACUUUACUGGCCCAAGGAUAAUGAUGUCACCGUCUCACUCUUGAGACGAGCCAAGGAGAGUGGCUUCUCGGUCCUGGUGAUCACCUUAGAUUGCUGGAGUCAGGGGUGGCGACCAUCUGAUCUUGACAACGGGUAUAUCCCUUUCCUCAAGGGUACUGGUUGCCAGGUCGGAUUUAGUGACCCGGUUUUCCGGGCAAAAUUUGAAAAGAAAGCAGGACGUCCAGUCGAAGAAGAUAUUGUAGGUGCCGCGGUGGCAUGGUUGGCUGAUGUGCAUAUGGGUCAGCCUCAUACUUGGGAAGACAUCGCUUUUCUGAAGGAGCACUGGGACGGUCCGAUUGUCUUGAAGGGCAUUCAACACGUGGAGGAUGCAAAGUUGGCGCUUCAACAUGGCUGUGAAGGAAUUGUGGUGUCAAAUCAUGGAGGUCGUCAGGUUGACGGUGCAAUCGGUUCGUUGGACGUUCUACCAGAGAUCGUCGAUGCAGUUGGCGAUCAGAUGACAGUAUUAUUCGACUCUGGCAUUCGAACAGGUAUGGAUGUCGUGAAGGCACUGUGUCUGGGGGCUAAAGCCGUGAUGGUGGGGCGACCAAUUGUUUAUGGACUCAGCAUCGAUGGAAAAGAAGGCGCUCGACAAGUGAUUAAGAACAUGCUGGGAGAUCUAUGGCAGAAUAUGACACUGUCAGGGAUUCGAACAGUGAAAGAUUGCAAUCGAAAGCAGAUUCGCCGAGUGACAUACGGUGGAGAUGGGAAGGCGAUGAUGUAG